CUGACCUUUCGCCUCCCUUGUCUGCUUUGUUCAGUUGUGACGGGAGCCACUGAUGGAAUCGGGAAAUCCUAUGCGGAGGAGCUUGCUCGUCGAGGGUUUGCCAUUGUGUUGAUCAGCCGCUCCCAACACAAGCUGGAUGACGUGGCCAGGUCACUUGAGGACCAGUUUGGAGUGGAGACAAAGACCAUUGCGGUGGAUUUCGGCAAGACCAACAUUUACCCAUCCAUCGAGGCGGGACUGUCGGGCCUGGAGAUCGGUGUCCUUGUCAAUAAUGUUGGCGUGUCCUAUCCAUACCCUGAGUACUACCUCCAUAUUCCGGAUCUGGACAAUUUCAUCACCAACAUGAUUAACGUCAACAUGACUUCAGUGUGCCAGAUGACCCGCCUGGUGCUGCCCAGAAUGGCUGACAGAUCCAAAGGUGUGAUCCUCAACAUCUCCUCGGCCAGUGGCAUGUACCCCGUCCCUCUGCUCACCAUCUACUCUGCCACCAAGGCCUUUGUGGAUUUCUUCUCCCGUGGCCUCCAGGAGGAGUACAGGCGUCAGGGCAUCAUCAUCCAGAGUGUGCUGCCUUUCUUCGUGGCCACCAAGAUGACCCGCAUCAGGAAGCCCACUUUGGACAAGCCCACUCCGGAGCGCUACGUGGCUGCCGAGCUCAACACCGUGGGGCUGCAGAGUCAGACCAACGGCUACUUCCCCCAUGCCGUGAUGGGUUGGUUGACCACCAAGCUGGUGCCCAUCGACAUCGUCAUCUUCUUCGGAGCACGAAUGAACCGCCUGCAGCGCACAGGAUACCUGCACAGGAGGAAGUUGCGCGAGCAGAAGAACGGAACCGGCUUGAAGACGGACUAA